UUCCUAAAAAUAAUGUCAUAAAAUCAAACUUUCUAAACAGGAAGAAAAACAACAUCAUACAAAAAGAAAAGCCCAUAAAUCAGUUAAGGCCUUUAAACUAGGGUUAAAAUAAAAAAAAGAAAAUUGUUUAAGGUUAGGCCUUGGCCGUCCUCCUCCUUCCUCCUUCCUCCUUCCCUCUUGCCUUGUAGCCGUUCUUCGUUAUUCUGCAAACCUCUGAGUUAGAUUGUCGUCCCUAACAAAGGAAUCGCACUCUUUUACGUAUCCUUCGAUUCCCGAUUCGCUCUCAAACUAUAUGUUUCGCUGUAUAUUAAAUAACUAAAUAAAUAAAUUAAUAAAACAAAUGGCAGCGUCAUCGCCUAAAUCGUCGUCGUCGUUGUCAACAACAGAAGCAGCAGCAGCAGUUGCAAAUGCUAACAUGUCUUCUCAGCGUCAGGGUUUUGCUCCUCCUAACUCAAAUCCACCAGUUCCUGUUCCUGGCUUCACUCCUCCCUCUUUUUCGUACAAUAUUUCACAAUCUGCUCUUCAUUUUUCGGCCAAUCAGCAGUUCCAUUCCACCUCAGAUGCAUCAGCUUCAGUUCCACAAGCUACUGCUCUGUCAUCUGCUCCGAUUGUAUCUCAUUCUUCUUCGACCUCUACAAAGACCACUUCAUUGUCAUCACCUUCUUUUCUUGUGCCCCCUGGGUUGGCUGGAACACCUGGACCUGCUGGAUCAGUGUCAUGUGGUCCAAUGAUCCUUCCACCUGUAACUGUUGAUUCUGCUACUUCUUCAGUUCAGAGGCCUGUCAUGCCGACUGUUACUCAUGCUUCAAAUCCUGUAGUUCAGCAGCAAAGUUACCAUACUUAUCCAUCUUUACCUGCUAUGGCUGCUUCUGCCCAGGGGCUCUGGUUUCACCCUCCGCAGAUGGGUGGCAUGCCUAGGACACCAUUUUUGCCCUAUCCUCCGGCUGUGUUUCCUGGAUCAUAUCCUUUGCCAGCACAUGGCAUUUCUCGUCCUUCUAUCUCAUCACCUGAUUUUCAACCUUCUGGUGCUCCUCCUGUUGGAAUUCCAGGUGCAAAUCCCCCGUCUUCUGCUGCUUCGGGGCAUCAGUUAAUGGGCACUCCAGGGAUGCAGAAAGAAAUACCUCCUCCUGGAAUUGAUAACAGGAGCCAAAUCCAUGACUUUGGCACCAAGAAUAAUGCUGCCACAAGUGAUUCAUUAGAUGCCUGGACUGCCCACAAGACUGAUGCAGGAGUAGUUUACUAUUAUAAUGCUGUAACAGGAGUAUCUACUUAUGAGAAACCGCCUGGCUUUAAGAGCGAGCCUGAGAAGGUUCCUAUGCAGCCAACUCCAGUUUCCAUGGAGAAUUUGGCUGGUACGGACUGGGCUUUGAUCACUACAAAUGAUGGCAAAAACUAUUACUACAACAACAAAACCAAGUUGAGCAGCUGGCAGAUCCCAUCUGAGGUGACGGAACUGAAAAAGAAGCAGGAAGCUGAAUUAAAAGAACAAGAAAUGUCAGUUUCGAGCUCUAGUGUCUUGAAUGAGAAAGGAUCUGUUCAGAUUAGCUUGAGUGCUCCUGCUAUUAAUACAGGUGGUCGUGAUGCUACAGCUCUUAGAGCCUCAAAUGCACUAGGAGCAUCAUCUGCACUUGAUUUAAUUAAAAAGAAGUUGCAGGACUCAGGAACUCCAGUUACUUCUUCUCCUGCUCCAGUAUCAUUAGGAAUAACAACACCAGAAUCAAAUGGCUCCAGAGCUAUGGAAGCUACAUCUAAGGGAUUGCCAAGUGAGAAUAGCAAAGAAAAGCUAAAAGAUGCUAAUGGGGAUGCUAAUGCAUCAGACUCAUCUUCAGAUUCAGAGGAGGAAGAUAAUGGGCCUACAAAGGAGGAGUGCAUUAUCCAAUUUAAGGAUAUGUUAAAGGAACGUGGAAUAGCACCAUUCUCAAAAUGGGAGAAGGUGCUCCCGAAGAUAGUGUUCGAUCCUCGUUUUCAGGCUAUCCCAAGUCAUUCUGCUAGGAGGUCCUUGUUUGAGCAUUAUGUUAAAACACGUGCAGAGGAGGAACGCAAGGAAAAACGAGCAGCUCAGAAGGCUGCAAUAGAGGGAUUCAGGCAGUUACUAGAAGAAGCAUCUGAGGAAAUUGAUCACAACACUGAUUAUCAAAGUUUUAGAAGGAAAUGGGGCAAUGAUCCGCGAUUUGAGGCUGUGGACCGCAAAGAUCGAGAGCAUUUAUUACAUGAAAGAGUUCUUCCCUUAAAGAAAGCUGCACAAGAAAAGGCUCAAGCUGAACGUGCAGCUGCUGCUGCUAGUUUCAAGUCCAUGCUUCAAGACAAAGGCGAUCUAACUGUCAAUUCCCGCUGGUCCAAGGUGAAAGAAAGCCUAAGGAAUGAUCCUAGGUACAAAUCUGUAAAGCAUGAAGAGAGGGAAGUAUUAUUCAAUGAGUACUUGUCUGAACUAAAAGCUGCAGAAGAGGAAGCAGAAUGGAAGGCUAAAGUGAAAAGGGAGGAGCAGGAGAAGUUAAAGGAGAGGGAGAGAGAGUUGCGCAAGCGGAAGGAGAGAGAAGAACAAGAAAUGGAGAGGGUGCGAGAGAAAGUUCGGAGGAAGGAGGCUGUUGCAUCGUUUCAAGCAUUGCUUGUGGAGACAAUCAAGGACCCCCAGGCAUCUUGGACGGAAUCAAAGACCAGAUUGGAGAAGGAUCCACAAGGGCGUGGAACUAACCCCAAUUUAGAUCCAUCUGAUACUGAGAAGCUUUUCCGGGAGCAUGUAAAAAUGUUGCAUGAGCGAUGCACAAAUGAAUUCAAGGCUCUGCUAGCUGAAGUUAUCAAUGCUGAAGCAGCUUCCCAAAAGACAGAAGAUGGGAAAACGGUACUUGAUUCCUGGACAACAGCUAAACGUGUUUUAAAGCUAGAUCCCAGGUAUAACAAGAUGCCUAGAAAGGAGCGAGAAGUUUUGUGGCGGCGCCAUGCAGAGGACAUGUUGCGGAAGCAGAAGACCACACUUGAUGAAAAGGAGGAUAAGCAUACAGAUCCAAGGGGUAGAAGCUCUACUACUGAUUCUGGAAGGCAUCUGUCAGGAUCAAAGCGAACCCAUGACCGAAGAUAGUCUAUUUUCAUUCUUGGUUGGUUAGAAAUUAGGAUCUCCUUAAGUUACAGACUGCUAGUUUUUAGUGCCGGCAUCAUUUUCUGUGACAUGGCGUAUUAAGGGGUUAGCGUCUGAUUUACUCUGUAUUCUGUAUUACUUUUUGAAGUAUAUGCUUAUCAGAUAAUCACUAAUGCUAUAGCAUUGUAAACAAUUAGUAAUAUAAAUGUGAAUUUGGAGCUUCA